AUGGCAACUUCUGCUCUGAAUUCAACCAUCAGGCGAACAACGCCACUGGCUAAAUCUUCCGAGAGUGGCGACGACUCUUCUUACUCCACACGGAGGUCUAUCCCCAGGAGGUACCGGAGUUUGAGCCGUUUCUCCCACCGCAUGCCGGAUCCAGACGCCGAAUUGACUCCAAUGAGGAAAGGGAAGUUCGUAAACACCGUUAGAGGUUCUGGAUUCGCUGAAAUUAGCCUCGAUGACUUGGCCGUCGAGUUUUUCGAAUCGUUCUCCGGCGAGAGCGGGGUUAGCAGCGGAGAAAGAGAACGAUCUGGCUCGAGAAAUUCCGGCGGCAGAGGAGGCGAAGGAGAGAUGGCAAAUUCCCAGAGGCGUGGAAGGUCUGUUUCUAGGGUUGGUUCUGGUGGUUCCGGUGGCUUACGGAGGUUAGAUGCGGAAACCGAAAGCUCGAGACGGCGUAGGUCGUUGUCUAGACAGCCGUCGACGAGAGAAAUCACCGGUAAGAGUGGUGGAAUUGAUACGGGAAGCAGCAAUUCGAGCCGGCGAAGGUCGUUGUCUAGACAGCCGUCGGCGAGAGAAAUUACCGGUAAGAGUGGUGGAAUAGAUCAGGGAAGCAGCAAUUCGAGCCGGAGACGGUCGCUGUCAAGACAGCCGUCGGCGAGAGAAAUUACCGGUAAGAGUGGUGGAAUUGAUCAGGGAAGCAGCAAUUCGAGCCGGCGAAGGUCGUUGUCUAGACAACCGCGGGAGAGGGUGAAUUCCGGCGAGAACAGUGGUAGUGUAAGUAGGGGUAGGGCAAUUGGGGCCGAUCGUGAAAAGGAGAAUGCACGGCGGCGACGCUCGCUUUCUGUUGUCCGUCGCCGGAUUGACAAUUCCGAGAGUGAUGUAGAUCAAGUUGAGUAUUCAAGCAAUUCAAGGGAUGUGAAGAGUGGACAAAGUCAAAUCAGUGGGUCUCGUAAACCUACUGCUUCAGAUCAGAGACAAGGUCUUAGGAGGUCUUUCAGCCAAAAUCCAGUCAAAUACCAUGAUGGCUACUCUAGUCAAUCUUCUGCAGUCACAGAUGAUGAAGGAAAGGAGUCGAGGUCUAGCAAGCAUGGAACUGAGAGGAUAAUUCGAACAGUAUAUGCCCAAAAUAAGGUAACACCGAAGAAGAGAGAGUCUUUGGGGAACUCUGAUUACGGUGUCGGUUCCCAGCGGAAAUCCUACGAACAUCAUCAUGCUAAUUCCACAUCUACGAAAGGUUAUGCAACAAAACUGCAAGAGUCUGAGGAGCGCAAGAGAGAAUUGCUGGCUGAGAUCAUGUUGGAAGAGGAGCGUGGCAGAGAGCUCUCUUUAAACUUAAAGAACUUACUCACUGAAAACAGUUCUGAGUCUAACGAAACGACUGCGCGGAUGCGCAAGAGGAGCAAGGACCGGAGGCUGUCUAUGUGUUUGACAGAUGAAGCAGAGCAAUACAUUGACGAAUUCAUCUCAAACAUUGAAGACACAGACUUCUCAUCGUUUGAGGACGAGAGGAGCGAGAGUAGCUCAAGCUUCGGCCUGACAAAAUCACAGACCACUCUUCCAAAGAGUGUUCCUGUUGAAAUGGACGGCGUUAUGCUUCCAUGGCUGCAAUGGGACACUCCAGACGACACUUGUGCUGCUCUAACACGACUUGACAUGGCCCCACACACGCCAAAUACAAAACUGAAUCUCUGGGAAUCCGGUCCAGCUCAGGAUGCAUCGAGUGGGCGAGAGACGACGAGCAUUGGUACCGUAAGUAGCAGAGGAAGUUGGAGCCCAUAUGAGUCAGCCACAAAGCCUGUGGAUCACGUAAGAAGACUGAAGAUAGAUGUGGGUGAGUAUCUGAAGCGACCUAACAGUGAGGAUAUUCUAAAUGAAACGUGGAAGCUAAGGCACAGAAUCAGUUCGGGAAGUCUUGUGUUAUCUUAG